AGUAUUUGUUACAUGAUUGUGAAAAACGAUUAUGCUUUAACAAUCAAGUGGCAAUAAGUGUCAAUUCUUGUUAAAUUUCAUUCAAUGCAUUUGGUUUAAAAAAAACACCUAGAAACAAUCUGUGAUAGUAAAAGCAGAAUAUCUAAAUCAGUUAUUAAAAUGGCAAUAAAAAAUAUUUGCUGCCUUGGAGCUGGUUAUGUAGGAGGGCCAACCUGCAGUGUGAUAGCUUUUAAAUGUGCAGAUAUUAAAGUUACUGUAGCUGACCUCAACCCUAAACGAAUAGCCCAGUGGAACUCGGAAAAACUUCCAAUUUAUGAGCCUGGUUUGAAUAAUAUAGUAUGGCAGUGCAGAAAUAGGAAUCUAUUCUUUACCACUGACAUUACACAAGCAAUAUUAGAUGCUGACUUGAUAUUCAUAUCAGUGAACACACCCACAAAAUUGAAUGGAAAUGGCAAGGGAAGAGCUCCUGAUUUAAAAUACAUCGAAGGUGCAGCCAGACUAAUAGCAGAUGUAGCUGUAACUAAUAAAAUCGUAGUAGAGAAAAGUACUGUCCCUGUUAGGGCUGCUGAAAGUAUAGCAAACAUUUUAAGAGCUAACCAGAAGCCAGGAACCACUCAUCAAAUAUUAUCAAAUCCCGAAUUCUUGGCCGAAGGUACGGCGGUCAAUGAUCUGCUCAAUCCUGAUAGAGUUUUAAUUGGAGGAGAAGAUACUCAAGCUGGACGAGAAGCAAUAGAGGUGUUAUGCUCAGUUUAUGAAAACUGGAUACCCAGGGGGAAGAUUAUUACCAUGAAUACAUGGUCUUCUGAGUUAUCAAAACUGGCUGCUAACGCUAUGCUGGCUCAGAGAAUAUCUAGCAUUAACUCUUUGUCAGCAGUAUGUGAAUCUACAGGAGCGGAUAUAUCGGAAGUAGCUAGAGCUGUGGGUUUAGACUCAAGGAUUGGCUCCAAAUUUCUACAGGCUUCAGUUGGAUUUGGUGGAAGCUGUUUUCAAAAAGAUAUUCUUAAUUUAGUAUAUAUUUGUGAAUGUUGUAACCUACCAGAAGUUGCUGCCUAUUGGCAGCAGGUAAUAGAUAUGAACGAAUAUCAGAAGAGCCGAUUUACGAAACAAAUUAUACAAUCAAAUUUUAAUACAUUGAGUGAUAAGAACAUCUGCAUGCUUGGUUUUGCCUUCAAGAAAAAUACAGGCGAUACUAGAGAGAGCCCAGCUAUACACGUAGCGAAAACUUUGUUAGAUGAGGGAGCAUCUCUUCGAAUUUAUGACCCAAAGGUUAGUAUAAAACAAAUUUAUGAAGAUCUUACUAAACCUGACGAUGGUUCGAUUCCCAGUUUGUAUAAAGAAAAAUUUGCGACAUACGAUGAUCCUUACGAAGCUGCGAAGGAAUGUCACGCUAUUGUUGUUUGUACUGAAUGGGACGAAUUUAUAGCUCUAGAUUACAAAAGAAUCUAUUCCAGUAUGAUGAAGCCUGCGUACGUAUUUGAUGGAAGAAAAAUACUUGAUCAUCAAGCACUGAUUCAAAUUGGAUUUCAUGUUCGAACUUUGGGCCGUAGUUUUGAAAAUUACUAAUAUUGGAGACAAAAGACGCACACCCAAAGUAUUUUUAUUUUUUUAAGUAUUAUUUUAAAUUAUGUACUUAUUUAAUUCGUUUAUAAAAGUAACACUGCAUGCUUUAAGUAUGCUAUUAUUAUAUGUUCAAAAUGUAAGAAGUUAUAUUUUGCCAAUAUAUAUUAAAGGAGAUUAAUUGC